GCACGACCUCGCCGUUAUUACCUUGGCGCUCGAUCCCGCGACGACGUUGGAUAUCCCGCCUCACCUUUGCUGGAUGCGGAAGAAGCUGGGCGUGGUAAAGGCAACUGAUGCCAAACAGUUUUUCACGCUCAUCUCUACCCGGGCCUUGCGUGCAGUCGGACUCGCUCCUGCCGCCAUCUGCGAAGAGCAGCAGCAGCUCUUCGCGGACCGCCUUUCGCAUGCUCUCCGCAUCAAGACUGAGGACAAGCGCGCGGCCGCGUUGGCCGCUCUGACGGCUGACGACGAGGAUUUCGACUACGAUUUCGAAGAUGAAGUCUCCGAGUGGUGGGCUGCGUUCCAGGUGAUCUACAGCGCCAAGAAUGUCACGUACCCCUCUGUGGCCGACGUGGUGGAGCACCUGAGCGACGCCAUUGUGAUUAUUGAGGGUGCGCUCCCUGCGAAGAAACAGGCUGGGACGCAGUUGGGGACUGCGCUAAACAUGUGGAACCCUGGGCAGUUGAUCUUCCGCGAGGCCAAGGAGCUGCUGGAGAAGGCCAAGGCCAUUGUUUCAGCCAUCGAGCCCGUCAACGAGAAGAUCGCUGUCCUCAACGCCAGCGUGACGCAGUGCCUGCCAGACGUUUUUUCGCGUGAUCUACAUUGGCUGGAUGGGGCCGUUGAUUCGGCCAAGGCAGUCGUGGAGUCUCUCGCCUCGCUGUCCCAUUGCAUUCCCGCUUGCGUUCCCAACAAUAAUGACUCCAAGAUCGUGACGGCGAUGACCAAGUGGAUCGACUUUCUCAUUCAGGGUUGGGCUACCGUGCUGUCCCCGAUCCUGGUCAAUACAACGACAGGGGCUUCGCUUGCCAAGUGGGUCGAGGACACCGGGGACCGCCGCCGCUUGCUUGAGAAGUACACCGAGGCAACGGCCAAACACAAAAAGCAUAUCCCGAUGAUUGAGGCCAAGACCAAUGCCAUCCAGCAGUUGUGCAGCAUCGGGGAGGCCUUGAGCCGUUGGCAUUCGCUCUCGAGCUCGGGGGCCGCGAGCAAUGCUACACCAGCUGACUACAAGUCUGUCCUGUCAAUCAUCGCGACCAACUUGAAACCGAUCCACAAGGAUGCAGUGCAGUUCUUCGCCGACCCAGAGGCUCCGCUGGCCCUGCUGGCGUCGCCCGUGCUGGGCUCUGCAGGCGAGCGCAUGCAGGAGAUGACGACGGUUGCAAUUGAGAUGAGCGGCCCCAUCCUCAUGCCCAUCCUCGACCACGUGCUCCUUGUUCUCGGCGCUGCGUGCUGUGAGAAGCCGUGGUCAUGGAACGAUCUUGACGAGGGCGGAGUCUCAGCCGUCGCGGAGGCGAAGCACCCGGUGAACAUCAUCGCGGAUGGGCUCCAGUUUGCCUUGGACAUCGGCGACGAGACGUUGCAUCGCCAGCUGUCCUUCGCCGUCUCGGCCAGCCAGACGUUCCAAGCGGUGGCUACAUUGGCGAAGUAUAAGCACGUGCGCGCAGCGGCCAAGACCUUCAAGGACUUGCUCUUGGAAAGCUCCGCGGUGGCUCAGUGGAAGGAGUUGAACGCCCGCUGGGACAGCCUGCAGAGGAUCGACCUCGCGACGCUGGUUCACGGGGUGUCGUCGGACUUGAAGGCCGACAAGGGUGGCUCGCUUCGUUUCCACAUCGGGACCUUCGACAAGCGCCUGAACCAUGAGUGCAUCAUGCAGUCUUUCGAGAAGGACAUCUUGGACUUGAAGGCUUUCUACAAGGCAGCCGUCGAGCAAGAUCUCCUGUCGAUGGCGGGCAACCUUGAAGCCGAGGUCCCAGUGCAUUCCAGCACGGCCAUUCUGGGGAACACCGAUCAGAUGGAUGCUGUGAUUGGCGCUGACCACGCCGCCAUGACUUCCGUCUCCAUGAUCCUGAAGGGCGUGAUGAAGGUGGUGUUGGGCUUCAACAAGACGUUCACUGUGGCCAGUCUUGAGGUGGUUCAGCGGGCCUCAGCUGCUGCCGACAACGCCCUCGCCACAGUGGCGCUUGCCGCGGACAUCGCGAAGUCUGGAUGGUCACCGUCCGAGGAGAUCGACGAAUUGUUGUCCUCAUGGGCCGCCGGGUUGUACCUCGACCGCGAGAAAGACCAGGAGGAGGAGGCCAACAAGGAGGAUAUCGAUAAGCUUGACGCCGAGCUCUUCGAGGAUCCCAGACGACAAACGGGAUGA